AAUAAUGUAAAUGUAGUAAUGCUAAUUUGAGUUUAGCUAUAUAAAUAUGUUUCUAUUAAAGUUCCUGGCUUUGGCCGCCCUCGUCUUGGGCAGCGCGGCAAAUAAUGGYGAUGUCUUGGUCAUUAAAAUUGGCGCAAUUUUCUUUGAUUCCGAAAUGGCUUUGGCUGAGGCCUUCGAUGCGGCUGUGGAGGAAGUAAAUGCUUUGAUGCCCGAGCUGCAAUUGGAAGCAAUCAAGCACUAUGUGACUAUCGAUGAUAGCAUCGUGCUGCAGGAUUUAUCCUGCGACAUGAUUGGCAAUGGUGUUGCUGCUAUUUUGGGACCAAGUUCAAAGACAACCAGCGAUAUCGUUGAGGUUCUGUGCAACAUGACGGGCAUUCCGCAUCUGCAAUUCGACUGGCAUCCACAGCAAUCAGCGCGGGAGCGUCUCAAUCAUCAGCUGACGAUCAAUGUGGCGCCCUCAGAGCUGAUUAUAUCGACAGCUCUAUCGGAUAUAUUGCGCAGCAAGGAAUUCGAUUGGAAAUCAUUCACGAUUGCCUAUGAACGAGACACGCUUACACCGAAGCAAGUAAAGCCACCCUAUAAAACCCAGCGAUUGCAAUUGACACCGGAUGGGCAACGCGAGGACUUCAACCUGGAGGUCUACAAUCCGAUCAUUGAUCGGGUGACGCACAUCUGGAACAAAGACUUUCAGCUGGUCGAUUACGAGACGAUCCGAGAGAAUUCCACGCAAGCGAUGAAACAGCGACGUCUGGAGAACAAAGAGGAUUUCUCGCGUAAGCCCGUCGUAUAUACAGUGGCCACUCGAGUGGGCAAGCCCUAUUUCAGCUGGCGUAAGGAGCCGGAAGGCGUGCACUUCGAGGGCAAUGAACGUUUCGAGGGCUAUGCGGUCGACUUGAUCUACGAGCUGGCAAGGGAAUGCAAAUUUGAUUUCGUUUUCGAACCGGUGAGGGAUAACAAAUACGGCAGCUACGAUGCGGCCACCGAUGAAUGGGAUGGCAUAAUCAGGCAGCUAAUUGACAAUAAUGCACAGAUUGGCAUCUGUGAUUUGACCAUUACUCAGGCCCGUCGCACGGUGGUGGACUUUACGGUGCCAUUUAUGCAGCUGGGCAUUAGCAUUUUGUCUUAUAAGCAGCCUCCGGCCCAGGCCGAUAUUUAUGGCUUUCUCAAUCCCUACGGUGUGGACGUUUGGCUCUACGUGAUGGUUGCCAUGCUGGUAACGGCAAUGGCCCUGAUAUUGGCCGGGCGCAUGGAUCCCUGCGAAUGGGAGGCGCCUGUGGUAAAUGAGCGGCGUGAGCAGGAGCGUGAAAACAUCUGGCAUUUGCACAACACCAUGUGGCUGGUGCUGGGCUCCAUACUCAAUCAGGGCUGUGAUCUGUUGCCCAGAGGACUUCCCAUGCGUCUACUGACUGCCUUCUGGUGGAUUUUUGCGCUGCUUAUCUCGCAAACUUACAUUGCUAGUUUAGCUGCCUUCAUUACGUCCUCGAAGAUGACGGGAAAUAUAGCCUCGUUGCACGAUCUGAUCGAUCAGAAUAAAGUAAAGUUUGGGACGAUACGCGGCGGCGCGACAUCAGUUUAUUUCUCCGAAUCGAACGAUACCGAAAAUCGUAUGGCUUGGAAUAAGAUGUUGUCCUUGAAGCCGGAUGCCUUCACAAAGAACAACGAGGAGGGCGUGGAUCGUGUGAAGGUGAGCCGCGGCACUUACGCCUUCCUCAUGGAGACCACCAAUCUGCAGUACUACGUGCAACGGAAUUGUGAGCUCACACAGAUCGGCGAGAGUUUCGGAGAGAAGCACUACGGCAUUGCGGUGCCAUUGAAUGCCCACUUCCGAUCGAACCUUAGUGUGGGCAUAUUGAAGCUGAGCGAGCGCGGUGUUCUAUAUAAUCUGAAGAGCAAGUGGUUUAAUAAUAAUGAAACGACGUGUGAAUCCGGCGGAACGGUCAACGAUGAUGGCCAGUUCGAUAUGGAUGCUGUGGGGGGUCUGUUCGUGGUGCUCAUCGUGGGCGUACUCAUCUCCUUUGUCAUCGGCAUCGGAGAGUUUCUGUGGCACGUGCAUCGCAUUGCGUUUAAAGAAAGGAUAAAGCCCAUGGUGGCCUUGAAGGGCGAACUGAACUUUCUCUUGCGUGUUUGGCUGAAUCGCAAACCCUUGCGCACAUAUCGCGAGAGUCGCGACUCAACGUCGACGGGCUACUCAUCUCUGGGACCCUUGUCCAGCACGGCCAGCGUGAAAAAGAAGAAAAAAUCGAAAAAUAGAUCGGAGUAGAGAGCACUGAACGCUUGCAACAUUCAUACAAAUAGCAUUUGUAAUUGUUAAAAUAUAAUAAAAUAUUAUUAAGAACUGUGAAU